AUGGCUGUGCUCGGUUUAGGAGAUGGAAGUUUGCUGAAUGCCUUUUAUCCAGGAGACAUCGUCAUUGGAGGACUUUUCCCUCUUCACCUACAAACCAACAGAAGCACAAUACCAGGACCUGUCUCCUGCAGCCACUAUAACUUCCAAAUAUUUUUACAAUCGCAAAUGAUGAUAUAUGCAAUCAGAGAAAUUAACCAUCGUACGCCAAGGCUUCUCCCUAACAUCACGUUGGGAUACCACAUCUACGACACAUGCGGGGAUGUCACCUUUGCCAUCAGGGCCACCCUUCAGCUCGUCAAGGACCGGUUGGAUAGUCGGAAGUGUUUUUUUCCGGAAAAUACUCAGUUUGCUCCACCCAAUUUGAUGGCAGUGAUUGGUGAGAGGUUCUCCGAGGUCUCAAUCGCCGUUUCACGGGUCAUUGCUCUAUCUUCAGUGGCUCAGAUUAGCUACGCAUCAACGAGUGAGCUACUCAGCAGGAAGUUGAAGUUCCCCACUUUUCUGCGAACAAUAUCUAGUGAUGAAUAUCAGACAAAGGCCAUUACCGAGCUGGUGAGGGAGUUCAACUGGAAAUCUGUGGCCAUCAUAGGAAGUGACGACGAGUACGGAAAGUAUGGCAGUGAUCGACUCGCACAACUCUUCAGAGAGAUGAAGGACGUCUGCAUUGAAUUCAUCGACAUCCUGCCUGGUUACUUUUCCCAGAAUAAUUCCCAAACCCAUAAGAAGAUGUCAGUCCUUGUGGACAACAUCAAUAAAUCCACUGCUGAGGCAGUAAUCGUUUUUACCAAGGAGUCCAAUGUUGAUAUCGUCAUAGAAUCUGCAAUUAAACACAAGCUGAACAGAACGUGGAUAGCAAGUGACUCUUGGUCCAGCUCCACAAAGCUGGCUACUUUGCCAGGCAUUGACAUGGCAGGACUGGUGUUUGGAUUCAACUCUAAGAGGAAUUCAGUUGCCGGGUUUAAAGAUUAUGUUAUGUCCAUGUUCAACGGAACGACGAAUGCCCUCCUGGAUUAUCACUUGACUCAUUACCCACUUUGUUCCAACGGGUCACACCUGGACGCCAACUGCACACACAGCAAACAGGAGUCAGGACAAUGUGUGGACAUAGGAUGCUUGACCAAUCACAUCGACCAGGGAGAAAAAUACAACAUCUACUUAGCUGUGCAAGUCAUUGCAGAGGGGCUACGACGCCUGCUUAAAUGUGACAGCCAGCGAUGUGAACGCGGCGAUGACUUCACUCCCUUGGAGCUUCUCAUGGAAAUCAAGAAGGUCAACUUUACUGUGGACACCACCCAUAUAUUUUUUGAUGCCAAUGGGGAUCCCAGUUUAGGAUACGACAUUUUAUACUGGGACAUGUCAGCCAAGACACGGUUAAAAGUCAUUCAAAUAAUUGGCGAGUACUGGCCAAACGGAACUAUCCGAGUCCCGCGUGACUUGGUACUAAAGAUGCACAAUGUGAAGGUAACUGCUUACAACUGCUCCAAAACCUGCGCACCUGGACAAGAGUUGAAGAAGCAGAAUGUAAAGUUGAAAUGCUGCCAUGAUUGUGUUCCGUGUGCAGAGGGAGAAUUUUCCACUGGACAAGGUGGGGAGUGUAAACGCUGCAUGACAAAUGAGUAUUCGUCUCCUAAAAAGGACGAAUGUUUAAAAAAAACAAUUGAGUUCCUGGACUGGUCGAAUGUGUUCAUAAUCAUUUUAAGUACGUUGGGCGGCUUAGGGAUUAUUUUAACGAUUAUGUUUGCAGUUUUGUUUGCCAUCCAUCAUAACACGCCCAUCGUGAAGGCAGUGGGAGGGUAUUUGUGUUUUUUGGAGCUUUUUUCUCUGCUGACAUGCUUUUGCCUCACAUUUAGUUUUCCAGGGAAGCCCACUGUGGCCUCCUGCAUGAUCGGAAUGCCUCUCUUUGGAAUAGCCUUUUCUCUCUGCAUCUCUUGUAUUCUGGCAAACCUGCUGCAAAUCUUAGUGGGUUUUAUGUUUGACUUGAAGACAAAGUCGUGGUUGAACAAGCUCAACCACCCGGUGGCUGUCGUCGCAGUGGUAACUGGAAUACAGUUGGCUUUGUGUGUGCCAUGGCUGUGCCUUUACCCUCCAUUACCAAGGCAGACCAGUUUAGCUAAGAGUAUCCUGCUGCAAUGCCAUAAAGGCUCCACCAAUUUUUUCAUCUCCAUGUUGAGCUACAACGCUCUUUUGGCCCUUAUUUGUUUCCUGUUUGCAUUCAAAGGGAAGCGGUUGCCAGAUUUGUACAAGAAUGCAAGUUUAGUCGCCAUUAGUAUGCUGCUGUAUUUAAUCAUCUGGGUCCUUUUCAUCCCCAUAUACAUCUACUUGUUCGGCGUGUACAAACAAGCCAUUGAGAGCGCUGCCAUUCUCGUUUCUAGCUACAGCAUUCUUUGCUGUCACCUGGCUCCCAAGUGUUACAUUAUGGUGUUAAGGAAGGAAAUCAAUGACAAGAAAGCCAUCACUGAGUAUAUUCGGAAGCAUUAUGAGGAGAAAGGGAUCCCUGUGGUUAAAUAACAUUGAGAUACUUUUAA